CCUCGCCGCCCAUGCCCCCACGGCCUCCGGGAUACGAUCGCCGCCCGGGCACGGCGUCGAGUGGCGGAGCUCUGUCUCCCGGUCUGCCCAGCAGCGCGUUCCCCAGGCCGCCCAUGAGCCCAAACAAAAGACCCUACCAGUAUCCCCCGCCGCCUCCCGGCCCGCCGCCCGGACAACCCGGCUAUUUCCAACCGGCCAUACCGCCGUUGCCACCCCGGCCUGCGACGAGCAGCCCGCACCUCGGACCUCGAGAUCAAGGUCGUGUCUACUCACCCCCCGUGGCCAGCCCAACCACACCCGGCUCCCCCGGCUUUCCGCUGCCACCGCCGCCACCUCGCAGUCCUCAGCCGUACAGUUAUACGCCUGCAAACCAGAACCAGUCCUCCCGAAUGACGCUGCAAGGAGAGGUGAGGAUGUCACCGUCGCCAUCUCCGACAUUCGUCACUCCACAAGAAACUCCUCUGUCGUCUAGUGUUCCAAACUCGCCACCUCCCCCUUACUCUGCUAUGACCACUCAAGGGCCGGGCCUUGAACCAGGAACGGCACAGGAGCAGUUGAGGUCUCCUUCAGUCGGCUCUAUCCCUUCUAGAGUCCCAAGCCCUUCGACCGCUAGCUCAGCGCCGAUUUCGCCACUUCCUCAGCCGGGGCGAGUUGACAGUAUACGAGUUCGCCCAUCACUUUCCCAGAGGACGACAGGUACUAGCGGUUCGCGAACACCAAUUUCACCAAGCGCGGCGGCAGACAACCUCGACGCGCUGCUUCAAUCCCUGUCCAUGGAGUUCCGCAUUCCGUCUCCUGCGACUGCGAAUUUUCCGCCUGAAACUGAGUCUCCUGGUCCAGCAGACACUUCUUCUACUCCACCCUUGACUUCUCCUGCGCCGCUUGAGCCUCGAAAGUCUCCCAGGUCACAUCCGAAACCGUCCGAAGCUGGAAAGUCAGAUGAGCCUACGAAUCAAACUAAAGGCAGAGCACCAGCAAUACCGACUACUGGUCGUGCUGGUGAAAGCGGCUCGCCCCCAGCAUCUCCACCAUACCCGGUCAAUAACGACGGCACGCCUGCACAGCCAGCUUUACCGUUGUUUAUGGACAGAUUCUCGCAGCCACAACAUGAGCAGCCUUCCGACCUGCCCAAAGUCUACAAAGCAUACCGUCCGCAAGCGGAGGAGACUGGGUCCUCGAGUACAAACACAGCGAUUGGCCCUUCAAAGCAGUACAUGAGCUACAAUCCGAGUCUUGCAAGCACAAAUACAGAAACGAAUCCGGCUCCAGAACCACAAUUUCAGCCAGAGUCAAAGGCCAGUUUCGGGCCACUGCGACCUGUGACCAUGCUCUUUGAUCCAUACCAACAACAACGAGCGGGAGCUGCCCAAGAACCCCCAUCAGUCACGAGGUGUAUUGACUCACCGGUAAUUUUUGCGACAGACUGGUAUUGGCAUCCAGACGUACCUGAAUUUCUUGUCUGUUCGCGAUGCUAUGUCGAUCAUAUCUUCAAGACGAAGUUUCGGAGCUUCUUCGAAAGCAAGCGGCUCGAUAAUAACGGCACUUCACGUGUCUGCAAAUUCAGGCAUCCGCGUAUGCGGGACCAUCUGUUUCAGCACGCAGUCAGUACGGGAUCGAUGAAUGAGGCCUUGGACUGGAUGCAGGCACGUGCGGCAAUCCCGGAUUGCAGCGGGAUGAUGGGUGUCAGAGGAGUGGAGGCCCCUGGUCUUCAAUGGUACAAGCUCCGCCAAAACGAUGACAUACCGGGCUUUAUUUGCUGCCAGGCGUGCUACGAGGAUCGACUUAUGUGUUUUCCGCAGCUUGCAGAAGCCGAGUUUGUCCAAAGCCCCCCACAGCAACCGCAAGAUCACUGGGCAUGUGACAUGGCCACGCCCUAUCUGCAGCGGGAAUACGAAAGGUGUAUUGCUGCCGCAAAGAUGGGCCAGGAUUCACCAUCUGAAAGUGAGUGGCGAGCUUUCUGCCGAGAAGCCCGAGCAAGAAUGGCCAUGCCUCUCUGUGGAGGCUACCAAUUGAUGAACACAUAUCGACGCACCUGGUUUGUCCCCGACGACGGCGAUCUGUCGGGCCUUGUCCUUUGUCAGGCAUGUUACUGCGACAGCAUCUUGCACUCCGGUCAAGAGUCACGCUGGCACACCGCACCUGAGCUUUCAGAAGCAGCAGGUAGUGGGCUAGUUCGUUGUGGAAUGGGCGUGCCAAAUAUUCGCACUGCAAUGAACCGAGCCACCGAUACGAACGACUUCGAAGUCUUUUGGGCUACCGCGCGCCAAGUCAUGGCCGAAAAAUUCUGCGACCCAGACGGUAUCGCAGGCGGGAAGUGGUUCUCUCUGAAGCCCACAGACCAAGAGCAAGGAAGCCCAUUCUCGAAUGAAUUUCAUGUCUGCGGUGCGUGCCGAGCUGGCGUGAUUGAAGUGUUGCAGAUGGCGGAUCUCCUAGAACCAGUCCAAGAGAAUGGUGCGAACAUUUCUCCGAUCUAUGUUUCACGUCAAGGACAAGCACCCCGCCGAAUGUGUAGCAUCAAUCCUUCUCAGUCUCGGUUCGCUGAGCACCUGGCUUUGAUUUACGAAGCUUUCCUCAUUCGCUCGGCUGGUUCUCUGGCUUCUUACGCAUCCAAGCACACCUCAAUCGCCCCUUGUCCUAAGGAUGAUACGGAUGUCGUUCGGAAGUCAAACCCCGCUAGGAAGUGGUACGGUUGGUACGACUGUACGGUUUGCCAAGAGUGCUUUCAUGGCUUUGUGGUCCAAGGCGGACAUGACUCGUUGACGUCAAGCAUGGAAUUGCAUAAUCAACCGAUAUCAGGCGACCAAGAUAACGACGCUCUUGCAAAAAGCCACGUCGGGACAACAAUGUGCGAACUAUACAGCCCACGAAUGCGGAACCUCUUCGCCUCAUGCGCCCAGGCGUCCCCGCCUGAUCCAGCAGCGCUAUUGCAUUUCAGCAGUGCCCAGCGCAGGCUUGUGUACAUGGAGACGGUGCCGCAGAUCAGAGACAUCAUGUCCGUGAUCAGUACUGCGCUCGAGCAGAAGCGUAGCACCUCAAACAGCCAGGUGCUCCGAAACGAUCUCCACCGUGUGACGAGGCAAUUCCAGUACAUCCCGCACCCUCAUCAAGCAAGGCCGGCUCGGGCGCCGCGACCAAGUGGUACAAAGUCGUUGGGGCCGGCGGCACAUGCCCCGGUACCGAUGAUGUCGCCCACAAGCCUCGGGCACGGCUUCGCAUACAGGGAGUUACUGGUCGCUGCGCAGCACGAAAGCCAGCUCUGGGCUACGGUACUUCAGAGGACGGGGGGCCAGGCGCCGCAUGUAAUUCUCGGGGAGCUGGAGAAGCGGUGGCGGAGCGUUGAGUGAUUGCUGCAGACGCAAUCUAGAUUAUGAGCGUCCAAGGUGUAUGGGUAGUCGCUUGGUGGCCUAUAUAUCAGCGCAAGCGUGCACAUUCUUGAACUGAUCGCGCCAUGCAAAUACUUCAAGGCUUAGAUCUCCACAGCCUAUUCUCGUGAAUGCUAGUCUUAAUGACCAUCCAGAGGGGUGAUGCAGGCCUUUCAGUGUACGUUGAGUUUCACCGUGGCGCAAUAUUCCUGCA